AUAUCAUUUUAUUGAAUUAUUUUACAGUAUUUGACUGUGAAGUUAUAUAUUUAAAGUAUCUGUUUAAUUGUUUUAUGCACUGUUAAAUUAUUGACAAGAACUAAUAAAAUCACAGUCAAAAAUAUUAAUGUAACGACAAAUAAUGUACAUGUCAUUUCCUGAAACAGGAAGAGCAAGAGGCACCAUCUAGCUGAUCCUAGCUAUUGAGCAGAUCAUUGAGAAAUCUAGAGAAUUCAGCAACCAUGUGCACAUCACUUUCAUUUAAACUACUCAGUUUGUGACAUCGCCUAAACAAAACCUUAAAGGGGACAUAUUAUGCAAAUCUCACUUUGUGAAAGUUUUCUUAUAGUAGUGUGUGUUGCAGUAGCCUCAUUAUGAGGUUCUAAUCUGAAAACUGUCUGUUUCCUCCCUGCCUUUCUACACCACAAUUUGUGAAUAUGCCUGCUUAAACGUCCGAGUUUGAGUUGGGUCCGCUUAUGAGGAAAUAAGCGGAUUUACACCGUGGCAGUUCCCUCACAGCGCCACUCUUGUCUCGUUUCCCGAGAGAAGUCUUGUGCGAAGUGACCAGGCUCAUGGCACCGGUAGCAGCCGUCUGGAGAGUGGCGGCAGCGGCUCUCGGCUGGUGGUGGAAGGCGGCUGACGGCUUGUUGUAAGCCGGGUCCUCUCCCAGAGAGGGGAGGGGGAGUGGGCGCGGACAGAUGCCUUCAUUUGCAUACCUGGAAGCAGGCCCAGAAACAGCCUGUUCUGAGGAGGGCUGGUGAGAGUGACUUUUUCGACCGCUGAAACUCCGAACAAAGGAUGAUUUUGGGUCGAACAAACUUAAAUACUAUGUUUUUGGACUUCUGAGACCUAUAUGACGUGACUGAAAAAUAGCAUAAUAUGGGACCUUUAAUCAACAACAAUUACAUUGAGCUACUGAAAGAAACUCAACAGCAUUUAUCUAAACAUAUCGUAGAGCUAUAUGUUAUGUUGACAUCCUGAGAAGGGAGUUAAACGAGGAGACGUCCGUUCAGCAAUUCUUUUCUGUAUCAUCAUAGCAGCUCUUAUCCAAAAAAAUAAAUAAAUCGCCACCUAGGUUAAACUAAGCAAACAGAUAAGAUCCUUCCAUUAGAUAAUUACUGCAGUGAUGAACAUGUUUCAGCUGCAAAAACUUCUUUAACUCUAGCUGAUGCAGUGAGGAGCUUCUCAUUUCUUAAACUACCAUGUUGGAAGACAUAUCCUGUGGUGAUGGAAAGGAUGUUAAUCUGUCUCAGAAUUAUUGGCCUGCAUCAAGCAAAGAAAACAACUAAGGAGAUGAAACUACUAAAAUCAAGUUAAGAACCGUCCAACGCAUUAUUAAAACCUGAAGGAUAGUGGAGAACCAUCAUCUUAGAGGAACAAAUGUGGUCAGAAGAAACUUUUAGAUGGUCGUAGGAAAUCAACAGUAGAACUCACGGCUAUGUUUAAUAGUGAAAGUAAGAACAUUUCUACAUGAACAAUGUGAAGGAAACUCAGAGGAUUGGGACUAAACAGCUGUAGCUCUGAGAAAACCACUGAUCAGUGAGGCUAGUCAGGAAAAAAGGCUUUAGUUUGCGAGGUAGCAUAAAGAUUGGACUCUGGAGCAGUGGAAGAAGGUCAUGUGGUCUGAUGAGUCCAGAUUUACCCUGUUCCAGAGUGAUGGGGGCAUCAGGGUAAGAAGAGAGGCAGAUGAAGUGAUGAACUCAUCAUGGCUAGUGUCUACCAGCCUGUGGGGGUUAGAGUUAUGAUCUGGGGUUGGUCAGGUUCAGCGACGUUAUGUUCCCAAAGAAUGCGGUCAGCUGAUAACUGAAGAUACUGAAUGAGCAGGUCUUUACAUCAGUGGAGUUUUUCUUCCCUGAUGGCAUGGAUAUGUUCCAAGAUGAUGAUGCCAGGAUUCAUGAGGCUCACACUGAGAAUGAGUGGAUCAGGGAGCAUGAGAUGGACUGACCUCCACAGAGUCCAGACCUCAGAACCACUGAGGAUCUUUGGGAUGUUCUGAGAAGACUUUUACCAACUCUCCCAUCAUCAAUAUUAGAUCUUGGUAGAAAAUUAAUACAACUCUGGACAGAAAUAAAUGCUGUGACACUGCAGAAGCUUAUCAGAAUGAUGUGAUGAAUGUGUGUCGUUCUCAGAGCUAAAGACGGUCCAAUGAAGUAUUAGAGUGUGACUUUUUUUGGAUGAGCAGUGUAUAGACUAUACCAUAUAUAUCAUCAUAAACAAGCAGAGUAGCAGCAUCCAUGAGCUACAGCACCAGAUGUAAAUAACAUUAAUGUCGAUGUCACAUCAUCAAGGCCAGUUAUGGAAGUGACUAUUUGUAAGUGUGUAUGUGUGUAGGUAUUUGUUGUGAGGAGGAGCAUUGCUGUACAGAGAUGCAUCCAAACUCUGACUCUGUUCCUGCCUCUCUGACAGCCGUCCAUCAUGGGUGUUAGCAGGAGGUCCAGCUGUUGGAUGGGUUCUCUGCAGUAGCUGUCUGGGCCCGACGGCUCGUCCUGGAGGUCCUGCAUGGCGGUCCCGGUCCAGUUCCUGUGCCGAGGGAUUCGCACUGUCGGAUUAGUUCUCCUCUACUAUGUCUUCUCUAUAGGCAUCACGUUCUAUAACAAAUGGCUGAUGCAGGGCUUCCAUUAUCCUCUCUUCAUGACGCUGGUUCACCUCACCAUCACUUUCUGUCUGUCGGCGCUGACUCGGCGGGCCAUGCAGUGCUGGAUGGGGAAACCUCGCAUCGUUCUGAGCUGGACGGACUAUAUCUAUAAAGUGGUCCAACAGGUGACUUUUGCAACAGCGCUGGAUAUUGGACUUUCCAACUGGAGCUUCCUCUUCAUCACCAUCAGCUUGUACACCAUGACAAAGUCCUCAGCGGUGCUGUUCAUCCUCUUUUUCUCUCUUCUCUUUAAACUGGAAGAGCCGAAUCCAUUCCUGAUCCUGGUGGUCCUGCUGAUCUCCAGCGGUCUGUUCAUGUUUACGUUCAAGUCGACCCAGUUCAACCUGGAGGGCUUCGUCAUGGUGCUGCUGGCCUCCUUCAUCGGGGGGAUCCGCUGGACCCUCACUCAGGUCCUCAUGCAGAAAGCAGAGCUGGGCCUUCAGAACCCGAUAGAUGCCAUGUACCACCUACAACCUCUCAUGUUCCUCGGCCUCUUUCCCCUCUUCCUGUAUAACGAAGGGCUGAGCCUCAGUACCUCAGAAAAGUUAUUCCGGGUGACAGAACUUUCUCCUCUGCUGUAUUCCCUCUUCACCCUGAGCAUCGGUGGCUUGCUGGCCUUCGGUUUGGGCUUCUCAGAGUUCCUGCUCGUCUCCAAAACCUCCAGCCUCACUUUGUCCAUAUCAGGAAUCUUUAAGGAGGUUUGCACUCUGCUUCUGGCUGCGCGUCUGAUGGGAGACAAAAUGAACAUAGUUAACUGGCUGGGAUUUGCCGUGUGUCUGUCCGGCAUUUCACUGCAUGUGGGACUCAAGACAUAUUAUUCCAAAAAUAAAGGCCCGUCUUUAAGGCACCUCAACACAAAGAGCCCUGAGCUGGAGCUGCCUCUGCUGCGUCAGAACGGAGAUAAAGGCGACGACUCGGCCGCUGACGACGACGAGGAGCAAGAAAUCACUCUGCACUGAUACCACAGGACCACGUCUUCCUACACAGCAGUGAUAUCAGAGCAGUGUCUUCAGAGUGUUUAAAAGCCGGGAACACUGCCACAGAAAAAGAGGAAAUCCUCAGUAUUUCUUUCCUGAGGCCGGGCCAGGGCCUCCUGUCAGCUCUACAUUAACUGUGACACAAAAUGAUGAUGUUUCGCCUUCGGGAAGGUUCAAAAUGUAGCCGCUACCUGCCGGUGUCAAAGUAUGAUGUAUGGAGAGAGUGUUUCAGCUUUAAUGGGAUAUUUUUGACACUUGAGCCAUCUUUCUUCGCCAACUUGCCACAUUGGAAAUGUGUUCUAUUUAGUUUUACAUGUUAGGAAACCGCCGUGUGUCGAACAUUUAUCAUGUGUAGAGAAGAAGAACUAGCUCAGUUAGCCGAGUGACAACUGUGGAAGAAUGUAGCACCAUUCCCACUAGUGUUACUUCGUGUGAAAACAGGAAUAAUAGAUGUAAAAUAUGCUUCCUCUGAUUGCUGUUUCUGCUGCUGACGUCUUUGUGUUAUCAACUCCAGUUUAAUAGAGGUGGGUCACUGAUGUCUGUAGAGCUGCAGCCAAGUAUUAUUAUUCUUCUAAUCAGUAAAUCUGCAGGUUACUUUAUCACCUAAUCGAUUAAUUUGUUGUGUCUAAAAGUUUCCUGAAGCCUUAAGGUUCAUUCUAAAACGUGAUUAAUUUUCUAUUUUCCUCUACCAACUAAGCGACCGUUUCAGGCGUUUACAGAAGUUCAGACUGAUGUCAGGUUUUAUGCCGUAAAGUCCCCACAAAGAUGAUUUUAUAAUGUGUGUCCUAAUCCGGUGAUAUUUAAAAAUAUGGUUGUUUUUAAUCAAAUUUGCUUCUCAUGUUGGGAAGUCUGAAUCAGGUGGAGACUUCUUCAUCGAGUGUCCAGCAGCUGGUGUGCUGAGACCUUAAUGUGCCUUAUUAACAGCAGCUGCCUCUUUCAAGAGCUGUUUUCAGAAUCCAUGAAGACCGAGUCGGUGGUUGUGUCGCCCGAUCACAUGAGGUUAAAGCCAAGUCUGAGAGGGGUGAAGUGUUUUUUCUGUCAUGUUUUUCUGUGAAAUGCAGCGUUGUUGCACUACUCUGACAAAUAAAGUGACAAAGAAGGAAAACAAA